AUGAGAGUAUGCGUUCAUGACCAACAACCAGAACUACGCAUGCCACUGGUUGACAAAGAACUCAGACGACGAUAUGACUUAGCUAUCAAUGAGUGUGGAGACUAUAAUGAGGAUGAACUCAUUCAAUUAAGUGAGUUAGAGCUCAUGCGUUCAAGCUUAGGCGACCAGAUAAAUGAACCACCUCUCGCAGAACUACUAAAGACUUCAGAACCUCCUAAGCUCCCUAAAGAUAGUUACUUUAGAAUUGAAAAUUGCGAAGACAUCAUAGAGUUCACUACGCGAUGUAGUGACCUAUUCCUAGCAAAGCCCAUGACACUGUGUCAGUACCCAGCACUAGUGAGAACCCUAUUAGAUUCCACUGAUGCAACGGAAAAGACCAAGUCAGAACUCAAUAUCUUGAGAGAUUCUGAGACGUAUACAACUAAGCACUUCAAUGAACCUGAGCAAUUCAAUACAAUCAUUCUUGACAGACUCAGGCCUCACCCAGUAGACUAUCUGUUAGAGAAGUUUCUCAAUGACAUGCAGAACAAGAAGAUGAACGUCGAAGUGCGCACAGAGCGUGUGCAUAAGGCAAUGGCAAUAUUAGAGGAGCGGUACCGCAACUCAGACACGAAUACCAUACACUUACAACUCCUCAAAGUACAAAGAUACCACGCACUUAUGUACUACAGGCAACAAGCACGGGUGAAUGCUCUCAUCAAGGCAAACAAACAACCUGAUGGGGGUGAGGGGCGCUUAUCAGAUAUAGAACAAACUAAGUUUCAUACUAUGGCUGAGGCAAGCAUAAGAGCGGCAUCCAAUGUGCAAGGAGACCGAAUGCUAAGGAAACGGAUGAGAGUGCAGAACAAGCGUCAAAACACGCAGACAACCAACCAAGCCGAGAGUAGCACUACCGCUACUAACAAACGGCAUAAACCGGACAGCGGUGCACUCAAUCAAACCAACCGAACAGGACAAGCCCAAGAAAAGAAAGGGGCGUCCAUGUCCCUAUUGUAA